AUGGCGAACUACGGAUACAGCGCACCACACUACCACUCCAACGUCUCGUCGCACCCCCAUCACCACCACGGGCGUAGCCGCCGGGGUCCGCGCAUUUCGUCACAGAAUGCGCAUCGCCAAUACAAGGCCCAAAGGAGCCCUAAAGAGGUGCCGGAGGCUCCGACGUUCAACGACUACAUCCAGCGACUAGAAGCGGCGAAGAGCUUUGAGUUUGACGACGAUGAGGUCUUUUGUCCGUUUCACCUCCUCACGGAGGAUGACCUUCAAUCCAUCCACUCUUCCUCGUCCUCCGAUCGUGGAUCGCUCUCUUCCGGCUCUCCCGAGAGCUCUCCGCUUCAGCAACAGGUGCAGCCAACCCCAUCCCUCCUCCUCUCCAGCGCACCCAACGCAUAUGUCCCCGGAAGCUACUCUCAGCAACAUAUGAAGCUGCAUCAGCCCCUGGCGCAGCGAAGCCGGAAUGCGAUACCCAUUGUGGAUCCCUCCACACGAUCCGUGGCGAGUCCACCAUUGAGCGUCUCCCCGGCUCGGCAAAUGCAGCAGCAGUACGUGACUCGCCGCUGGUGA